AUGGAGAGCUUGCCACAUGCGGUGACGAAGAUAUUUGGUGGGUCGCCGGGCUCGGGGGCUUCAACGCUGCACCUAGGGGGGAGGAACGAAGCUGUCCUGCAACACAAGCAGUCGGUCGACAUGGAGGCGGCGGAUGAGAUGUACGGCCCCAGGAGCGAUUGCUUCGUGUUUGAGGCCUACCCCGAGGUCAAGAAGGCCUUCAUCAGGCGCGUCUACCAGAUCCUUGUUGCCCAGUUGGUCCUCACCGCCGGCGUCAUCUACGCCAUCCGCAGCCUCUACAACAUCGAUAACACCAUCUCCUUCUCUGGCGACCAAGAUGCAACCCCCAUCAGCUGGCAAAGAUGGCGAAGCCGUGGGGCCGCCCUCUCCAACCUCUUCUGGUCGGGCUUCCUGGGAUCCAUGGUCACCCUUACCAUGCUCCAUUUCGUAGCGCGUCGCCAUCCCCACAAUCUCGCCGUCCUAUUCGCAUUCACCUUCUUCGAAUCGCUCCUCCUCUCAUCGGCCCUCGUGUUCGUCCCCGCGGGCCUCCUCUUCCGUGCGCUCCUCACCACCACAGCCGUCUUCAUCGGUCUCAUCCUCUACACGCUCGAAUCCAAGGCCGAUUACUCGUUCCUUCGAUCGUACCUCGGAUCCGCGCUGUCGAUCAUCGUCGUGGCCGGCUUCUUCCAGCUGUUCUGGCCCAUGGGCUCCGCCAUGGACACCGUCUACACCUGGUUCGGCGCCCUCGUCUUCUGUGGUUUCAUCAUCUACGACACCUGGCGACUCCACUUUCAGCUCAAGCCCGAUGAGUACGUGCUCGCGGCAGCCAGCCUGUACCUCGACUUCAUCAACCUCUUCCUCCGCGUCCUCCACCUCCUCUCCAAGAAGAAGUGA